AUGGCUACCGCUUCGGUAUCUGCGCCCCCUGGCCAACCAGACAUCACAUACACGCCCGACUUCGACAAGUAUAAAGCGCGCACGCAGCGCCGUCUAGCAACCGAGAAACUCGAACAAACCCUACCGCCCGGAUUCCCUUCGAAGUUAGAAUCGGAGUUCGUGUGGGAUGGUGACAGCAUCAAGGAAUCUGGCUAUAAUUGGGUCUACGAGCUAAGCGCAGAAGAAAUCGCGGAGAUCGAGGCAGCCCUCGACCAGACGCACAACGGGGCCCCCGCCGACGUGGUGCUCGCGCACAUCAAAGACCUCUCCACCACGGCCGACGCCGCGCUGAUCGGCGCGCCCGCCUACACGACCGACAAGCAGGUGUUCCACACGGACGCGGGCGACGUCGUCGCGCUGCUGUGCCUGCAGACAGCCGCCGAGGGGGGAACGAGUAGGGUGGCGAGCAACUGGCGCGUGUAUAACGAGCUGGCGGCGACGCGGCCGGAUUUGGUGCGCACGCUGGCAGCGGGGUGGGUGCAGGAUGGGUUCGGCCGCCCAGACCGCCCCUACACGACGCGGCCGCUGCUCUACCACCAGCCCGCGACAUCCACGGCGCCCGAGCGUGUGAUUAUCCAGUACGCGCGGCGCUCCUUCACAGGCUUCCAAGCCCUACCACGCACGCCCACCAUCCCGCCGAUUACCGAGGCGCAGGCCGAGGCGCUGGAUGCGGUGCACUUCCUCGCCGAGCGGUUUGCGCUCGGGCUGGACUUCCAGGCCGGCGAUGUGCAGUAUAUCAACAACCUGGCGACGUUCCAUGCGCGGGAUGGGUUUCGGGAUUCGCCCGAGCAGCAGCGGCAUCUCGUUCGAUUGUGGCUGCGGGACCCGGAGUAUGCGUGGGAAACGCCGGAGCCGUUGAAGGCGAGGUGGGAUGAGUUGUACAAGGGGGUCACGCCGGAGAAGCAGGUGUUUCCGCUGGAGCCGAAGAUUCGGAGUGCGAGUAGUGGCGUGGCGGCGAAGACGGUGUCGGGGUGA